AUGCUGAUCGUGAUCGUUUCCCUCAAAUAUCUCACCUACGUGAUGCGCGCGGACAACGCCGGCGAGGGCGGUAUCCUGACGCUGAUGGUCGCUGGCCGGGCGCAACACCUCGGCGCGCACUACCGCGGUGCUGGUGAUACGGGGCCUGAUCGGCGGCAGCUUUUCUAUGGCGAGGUGGUGAUCACCCCGGCUAUCUCGGUGAUGUCGGCGAUCGAGGGCUGGAAAUCGCCGCGCCUGCGCUUGACGCUAUAUCGUGCCGCUCUCCAUUCUGGUACUGACGCUGCUGUUCGCCAUUCAAAAGCACGGCACCGGCAGCGUUGGCAAGCUGUUCGCUCCGGUGAUGCUGCUGUGGUUCAUCGUGUUGGCGGUGCUGGCGCGCGCAGCAUCAUUUUCGAACCGGAAGUGCUGCAGGCGCUGAACCCCAAAUGGGCGCUCAACUUCUUCAUGGAAAUAAGAAGGUAUCGUUCUUCGCGCUGGGGCGGUGGUGCUGUCGAUCACCGGCGUCGAGGCGCUGUAUGCCGAUGGGGGCACUUCGGCAAGUUCCCGAUUCGCCUGGCUGGUUCACCGUGGUGUUGCCAUCGCUGGUGCUCAACUACUUCGGCCAGGGCGCGUGCUGCUGAAAAACCCGGAGGCGAUCAAAAACCCGUUCUUCCUGCUGGCACCCGACUGGGCGCUGAUCCCGUGCUGAUUCUGGCGACCCUGGCAACGGUUAUCGCCUCGCAGGCGGUGAUUUCCGGCGUCUUCUCGCGACUCGCCAGGCG